AUGGAAGUGAUAAAUGACCAAAGCAGCCAGGUUAUGGGCGCUGACUCUGGGGAUAUGGCAGAACGUUCAGCUCCAGGUUUGCCCUACCAGAUCCAGUACUUCCAACCCCCACCGUAUCCUCAUAGGACUGCUACGUCUUCCUCUCCAUUUCUAGUAAAUUGCGCUGCUGUUCCUUCCACUUUACUUCCACCAUGUCCUAGUCCUAAGGCCACCUCCCAGUUUCUCAUGAGCGCUGAGGGUGCUGCACAUCUUUUCAAGGAGCGUGACACAACAAAGCUACAGUACGGCAAAGCCAAUUGCAGAUCCAAUGGCCUACGAGGAGAUCCGCGGACAGAGGUCCACGACCUACACCGUAAAUCCGAUGUCCUUACAGCAAGGCAAAGCACUUCCAAUCCGUACGGACAUGCGGGCUCUGUACCGACCGUUAUCCCCGCCCAAGGUAAAUACACGACGACUUUCACAGCCGACUUCGGGCACGCAAAUGAUGCAGCGGCAAUUCAGGGCGCCGAGAGCUCCCACCUUGGCCAAUCAUCAGACUUUCAACGUUGCUUGAUUAAGCAUGGCCUGUGUCGACCGCCCAAGGACCUCACACCCAAUGAGCAAAUACAUUACUAUGUCAAUGCUUUCCUACCUGGACCGACCCUAGUCGCCAAGCACGUGCUGAGCGAUCUGCUGCGUCAACAUGAUACUCCAACCCAGCGGUUCAUGAUUCCUGCCCUCAUGAAUUUGUAUUUGGAGCAACGAAAAGAGAAAAUGAUAGAGCCUUCGGACACAAGAAGGGCUGACGAGGUGGUAAUCUACCAAACAAAUGAUAAUAUGGCAAUCAGAUCCUCCUACAAACCGUCUCGAUGCUCUUCACUUCACGAUCCUUGCAAAUCAGUACAUCAUUAUUAG